CACCUGUCUCAUCUCUGGUUUUAGCCUCAAGGAAUAGGUUCGCCCAGUGUGUACCACGCGGUGAUAGUGAUCUUCCUGGAGUUCUUCGCCUGGGGACUCCUGACAGCGCCCACUCUGGUGGUUUUGCAUGAGACCUUCCCAAAACAUACAUUUCUCAUGAAUGGUCUGAUUCAGGGGGUCAAGGGCUUGCUGUCGUUCCUCAGUGCGCCACUCAUAGGUGCCCUGUCCGACGUGUGGGGACGCAAGUCCUUCUUGCUGCUAACGGUGUUUUUCACCUGUGCGCCAAUACCGCUCAUGAAGAUCAGCCCGUGGUGGUACUUCGCUGUCAUCUCUGUCUCUGGAGUGUUUGCAGUGACGUUUUCUGUGGUUUUUGCAUAUGUAGCAGACAUAACGCAAGAGCAUGAGAGGAGCAUGGCCUAUGGUUUGGUUUCAGCAACGUUUGCGGCCAGUCUGGUCACCAGCCCCGCUAUUGGCGCCUACCUCGGCCGCGUCUAUGGGGACAGCCUGGUCGUGGUCCUGGCUACAGCAAUCGCCUUGCUGGACAUUUGCUUUAUUCUCGUCGCUGUACCGGAGUCGCUGCCGGAGAAGAUGAGGCCAGCGUCCUGGGGAGCACCCAUUUCCUGGGAGCAGGCUGACCCUUUCGCAUCGCUGAAGAAGGUUGGCCAGGACUCCAUCGUGCUGCUGAUCUGCAUCACAGUCUUUCUUUCCUACCUCCCAGAGGCAGGUCAAUAUUCCAGCUUCUUCCUAUACCUCAGACAGAUAAUGGGAUUUUCAUCUGAAAGCGUUGCAGCGUUUAUUGCGGUCCUUGGGAUUCUGUCCAUUAUUGCACAGACAAUAGUGUUGAGUUUACUCAUGCGCUCCAUCGGGAAUAAAAACACCAUCCUGCUGGGCCUCGGAUUUCAAAUACUGCAGCUCGCAUGGUACGGCUUUGGCUCGGAACCGUGGAUGAUGUGGGCAGCCGGAGCCGUUGCGGCCAUGUCCAGCAUUACCUUCCCAGCGGUCAGCGCGCUGGUGUCGCGAACCGCUGACGCCGACCAGCAGGGUGUGGUCCAGGGGAUGAUAACAGGAAUUCGAGGACUCUGUAAUGGUUUGGGACCAGCACUUUAUGGUUUUAUAUUCUAUAUAUUUCACGUUGAACUGAACGAACUCCCCAUGCCUGAAGCGCCGGCGGGAGGCGGUGUGGUCACCCAGUACCAUGUACAGCAGAACUCCAUAAUUCCCGGACCCCCGUUCUUGUUUGGAGCGUGCUCUGUGCUGCUGGCACUACUUGUUGCCUUGUUUAUUCCUGAACACACAAACCUGAACGUCCGGUCUGGCAGCUGGAAGAAGCACUGUGGCAGCCACGGCCACCCCCACAGUCCCCAGGCUCCCGGUGACGCGAAGGAGCCCUUACUGCAAGACACGAACGUAUGA